AUGGCGUAUACUCGCGUACUACGCAAGCCGACGGUGUGUCGACAUUGGACGUUGGAUCGGCUGCCGCGACCCGAGGCCCGUCCGAGUCCUCCGAGUGCCCGCGUCAGCUCCGAUAUUCGCCGACACGGACAGUCAAAUUUUGGUACGAUAUCCACUCAGGCCGAUUCAUUUCAAGAUCAUGUUCAUCUCAUCAUAGUUCCUCUUCGUUUAUAA